UUGCUCUGGAGGAUUCUCUAAAUUUUGAGUUGUCCACCCAGGCAUUGUUAACGUUGUCCAUUAUUUAAAUGUUUGCUUAUUCGAGCACCGAUAAGAUGCCCAACCCCAACCGUAGCUUCUUACCACCUAUACCCGUCCCCAUCAGGUCCCGACUCGGUUUAGUUGGGUCAGAACCUAUGGCUAAACUUUCAUCCAGAACACAUUUCCCAUCACUCGACCAAGAGAAACCCCGACGUUCAGAAACGAACACAAACAUGGAGAAGAUAAGCACCAAGGUAAGCAGAAAGAAGGGUGAUCAGAAGAAUAAUCCAGUAACCAGUCCUCCACCAUCUGCCAGCAGUAGCAGAAAACGCGGUGGAAAUACCGGGAAGUCCAAAUCCUCAUCAUCUAAAAACACAGCCGAAUCUCAGGUGUCUCUUGUGAAUGUGAUAAGGCUACAGAGAAGCAACAGUUCCAAAUGUAGCUUGAAACUUAAGGACGAGGAACCCGCGGAGCCUCAAGCCUUGCGCCGGGCGACUGUGGAGCUUAAGUCUGGAAAUAACUUCUAUCUUCCCAAGAGGAAGCUUAUCCACAAACCUCUGGAGCCCUUCAAACUGUUCAUUAAUGAGAAACACGCCCUAGCUAAACUUGUCUGGCUCUACCUUCUGGAGUCCCAGAUGCCGUUCCAGAAGAUAAACAUAACGUCUAAGGAGGGCGCGGAGGCGACAUCAUCAGUUCCGUCCUAUUGUAAACACUGCAUAUUCGUGGAUGGCGACAACUCCAUGGGACAGCCGACAGCGAUUAUCCGUCAUAUUUGUAACAACUACACUAACAACCUGUUAAUGGGAGCAGACACGAGCCAAAUCAGCCAGGGGUUCAGCUGGCUACACUGGGCUGUUUCUGUUCUUCACAGAGAUUUGUUCUAUCUAAAUAACGGACAGUUGAAGAGAGGGGCUACUAAGGACACUACAAACGAGCUGGUCAAGUCGUCUCUAGAUAGUGUUUCUCUCUACUUUGAUAUGUUGGACAAAAUAUUCACAAGUAGAGACUACCUGCUGGGGAGCGUGGCCUGGUUCUGUGACAGUGCUGUUGCUUUAAUCCUCGAAGAUGCCUCCUCGCUCUCCCUCUCCUCCUGGCCCAAAGUACUCGACUGGUUGGAACGAGUUAAGGAGCAGCCCAAUUGGAGUGUUGUGACAGCACUCUGAUCAAAAUGUGUGGCUUUUUGAGCAGAGAAUGGAAAACGAUUUUACGGUAUUAAUUUUUACCAAAAGUGAAGUGAUAAUGUAACUGUAAGCGGCGGUACACUGAAUGCGAUUCAUGAAGCAUCUGAGAUAUGAAGAGAUACA